UCCCCUGACGCCGUUCUCCUUUGUACAGUUUAAUCAAAUCACACAACACAAUAAAUAUUAUAUUUGUCAGAAUGAUGAAUUAUAUUUGUUCAUAGUCAGCCAGCUUUCAGGACGUUUUAUCCGAAGCAGAGAUUCUAGCGCUGAUGGUUGGCUGUCUCUGUCACGAUCUGGACCAUCGGGGAACCAACAAUGCCUUUCAAGCCAAGACAGGUUCUGCUUUGGCAUUGCUCUACGGCACGUCAGCGACCCUGGAGCAUCAUCACUUCAAUCAUGCAGUCAUGAUCCUGCAAAGUGAGGGUCACAAUAUCUUUGCGAACCUCUGUUCUAAGGAAUAUAGCAACAUGAUGCAACUAUUGAAGCAGGCCAUUCUCUCCACGGACCUCACUUUGCACUUUGAGCGGCGGAGCAAGUUCUUUGAGAGCGUGCUCGCUGAAGAAUUCAGCUGGACGGAAGAGAAACACAGAGAAGUCCUCAGGUGUUUUGUACAAAAUAAAACACGGAGAAUGUAGAAAUCAAUGACUUUUUGUUACUGAG